AGCAUCGAACGACACUAUUCAUCAUGUGUCGGAAAACACUAUUCAUCGAGGUACUAUUCAUCCGGGUACAUAACUCUUAGUACCAGAAAACAAUGAAGAGAGGAUUUCUAGAUCCUUCAAGGAAGGAGCCUGCUGGUUUAUGCACGAUCCGUAAGCUUAAUAGGAAAGUAUCGAUCGACACCCUCCAAGCAGCAUCGAUCGAUAGCGUGAGCCAAGCAUCGAACAACACUAUUCAUCAUGUGUCGGAAAACACUAUUCACGCGGUACUAUUCAUCCGGGUACUGUUCACCGCAAAACUAUUCACCGAUGUACUAUUCAUCGAGGUACUGUUCAUCCAGGCACUGUUCAUCAAAAUACUAUUCAUCAUAGUACUGUUCAUCGCGAUACUAUUCAUCGCGACACUAUUUAUCUCCCGUCGAUCAACACUGUUCAUCCCGUGUCGGUCGACACUAUUCAUAUCCCGUCGAUCGACACUGUUCAUCCCGUGUUGGUCGACACUAUUCAUGUCCCAUCGAUCGAUACUGUUUAUCCCGUGUCGGUCUACACUAUUCAUCUUUGUCGAUCGACACUGUUCAUAUACCGUCGCUCGACCCUGUUCACCCGAACACUGUUCAUCCGAAUACUGUUCAUCCGGACACUGUUCAUCGUGACACUGUUCACCCGAAUACUGUUCAUCGCGAUACUGUUCACCCGAACACUGUUCAUCGAAAUACUAUUUAUCGCGGCACUGUUCCUCCAAUGACGAACACCACUUACGGAGAGACAGAGAAGGUCGAAGCGCUCAUACUUAAGAUCGACAAGAAAGGUAUUUGGCGAGACGAAGAAUGUCGUCCUUGCAGCCUCACAAGACAAUUAAUUAAUGCAGAGGGUAGUUUAAUCCCUGAUGUAAUUGCUGUGGCUGAGACGAAUACCUUUAAUCUGACAAGUCAAUGGUAUGAUUGGGGAAGUGUGGAUCCAUUUUACGGUCUUCCUCAUGAGGAUCCCAAAGAUCUUAUCAAAAGACUUGAGGAGUUAGCCUCAGCAAACAAGCACGAUGAAAUAUCUGCAGACCACAUUUUCUUCAAGAUCUUCCCCUAUUGUUUAUCUGGAGAUGCAUUUAGCUGGUUCAGUAAGCUGCAACCAAGAUCUUUAACCUGCUGGGAAGACAUCAAAGAGGCUUUCAUAAGCAAAUUUUUCAGCGAGGCUGUAGAAACUCGAAGUAAAAGGCUUGAUUACAUGAUUAAAGAACGGGAGAAAGGAAUAAUGAUUAGUAUGAGUCAGAUUUUUGACUUCGUCUACAGCGAGGAGAAUGGAGAUAUUGGAACACCGACAACUCAUGUCACGCAGCCAGACAUUCAGGUUCACCAUGCAGAUGAGAGUAAGCAGAAGGACGAACUGAACAGAGAAAGCUUGUCAACCAUGAUACAGUUGAGGAUGAUGAAUAUCAUGUAUCAGGAGAGCAGAGCAAAGUAGAAGAAGCUGAUACAAAAGAUCCGACUUCAGCAUCGAUCGACAGUAGUAACUCAGAAUCGAUCGAUAUCCGCACUUCAAAAACGAUCGAUACAAAUAUUUGUCAUCGAUCGAUACCUUCUACAAUCCCUGAUGCUACCAAUGUGUAUGUUAGGACUGGACGAUCGAAGGCAAUUAGAGACUAUAACAGUCCUGAGGAUGCAUAUGCUAAAAGGACUGCAUUGCGUCGUUCAACACUUCAGAAUACUGUCCCUGAGCUACACCCUGCAUAUAUCUCUCUUGUGGGUCAGCAUUCUUUCCAUGGUUUCCCUCAUGACGAUCCCACUAGCCACCUGGAGACAUUUGUAGAUCUGGCAUCGACCAUUAAAUGCAAUGGAGUCUCUGAAGACUACUACUUUUGCAAACUAUUUCCAUAAUCUCUUGCUAGGGAUGCAGCUCAUUGGUUGAAGAAGCUACCACCAGAAUCUCUCACUACUUGGAAUAAUAUCAGAUACGCCUUCCUCAACAAUUUCUCUAUGAUGCUGCAGCAAAUCUAGAGAUUGAGGUAAGGUCUACGCUGGAAUAUAUGGUGGGGGAUGAUGAGCAACAUGAGUCUGGAAAGCUGAGCACAGUAGAAGUAGCUGAUAUUAGUGCCACGAGCUUGUGGGAACCGAAAUUCGCACUGUCGAUUUCCGUUUAAAUAAGGAAACUAGGAAAACCCUAAUUUCCCAGAGGACCCGGAUAUCUGCUAAUUACCACACGUCAAGCAAUCAGAACACGAGAAUAA